CCGUGCGUGCGGCGCCCGCUCCCUCACUGAACUCCGCGCUUCUCCUAAGGUUCCUCAGACCUGAAAGCGUAGGAAAAAAACCUCGGCGUCCGCGUCGCUGCUCCUGCCGCUGGAGGUGGUAGCGGUGAAGCAGAGAGAGUUUUUUUGGUGGUUUUUUUUUUUUUUCUUCCCCCCUUGAAUUCAAUGGAUGUGAACUUGGAGUCUUUGGACCUCGGCGGUUUUGGAAUAUCUACAUGCUGAUCCUCUUUGUUGUGUCACAUCAGCUCGUUUGGGGAAACCAUCCGAAGACAGCAAGAUGUUUCUCGUUAUCUUGUACUUCGCUUUGCCCUUAGUGGAUGUACUUUUGUCCGCAGAAGUGAGCGGGCUGCCUGGAGGGGACCGCCUCGACUGUGUGAAAGCCAGCGAUCAGUGUCUGAAGGAGCAGAGCUGUAGUACUAAAUACAGGACACUGAGGCAGUGUGUAGCCGGCAAAGAGAGCAACUUCAGCCGGGCGACAGGCCUGGAGGCGAAGGAUGAAUGCAAAAGCGCCAUGGAAGCUCUCAAGCAGAAAUCUCUGUACAACUGCCGCUGUAAGAGGGGCAUGAAGAAGGAGAAAAACUGCCUGCGCAUUUACUGGAGCAUGUACCAGAGCUUACAGGGAAAUGACUUGCUUGAGGAUUCCCCUUAUGAGCCAGUUAACAGCAGGCUAUCAGACAUAUUCAGGCUAGCACCAAUUGUAUCAG